CAGCUCGUGACUGAAAUCUCAGCAAAUCAUUGAAGCGGAUCUGACCCCGCCCCCAGGGGGCGUGUCCGGUAGCAGUUCCGUUUAUACUGGAGUUUACUCGGUUCUGCUGUAUUUCUGCUCGGCUGCGGUGUUUUCCUCCUCCGGCCUUUACUGGUUUUACUGACUGAAGCUUCAGGAUGGCAAAUGAAGCGAGGCCCUGCCCGUGUGACAUUGGAGAUAAGAUUGAAUAUGGAAGUCUGGGAGAAGAGGUGCAGAUUGACCACAUUAAAGCAUAUGUAGUGAAGCCCAAAGCUCCUACAGAGAAAGCCAUUAUUGUGAUUCAGGACAUUUUUGGAUGGCAGCUCCCCAACACCAGAUACAUGGCAGACAUGGUGGCUUCUAAUGGAUAUAUUGCGAUUUGUCCAGACUUCUUUGUUGGAAAGCAGCCAUGGAGUCCAACUGAUGACUGGGCAACGUUUCAGCAGUGGCUGGAGGACAAGAAUCCCACGAAAAUUAACAAGGAGGUGGAUGUGGUCCUGAAAUAUUUAAAGGAGAAGUGUGGGUCCAAAAGGAUCGGUGUUGUUGGAUUCUGUUGGGGUGGAGUCGCCACACAUUACAUUUCCCUCCAGUAUCCAGAGAUCAAGGCCGGAGUGUCAGUCUAUGGCAUUGUUCGAGAGAAAGAGGACAGAUAUGAGCUUAAAAGUCCAACUCUCUUCAUUUUCGCUGAGAAUGAUGCUGUGAUCCCUCUCGAGCAGGUGACUACACUUGAAGCCAACUUGAAAGACAAGUGUAAGGUUGACUUCCAAGUGAAGAUCUUCCCUGAUCAGACCCAUGGGUUCGUCCACCGGAAAAGAGAAGACAUCAACGAAGCAGACAGACGCUACAUUCAGGAGGCCAGGGGGGAUUUGAUUAACUGGUUAAAUAAGUAUAUGUAAAGCAGGUGGUGGUUUUGGACCUAUGCUUAAGCACUUGAGCACUAUACAGUAAUUUUCCAACAGAAGGUUGAGAAUGAUGGAAAAUAUUUCAUAUCUAGUCCUAUAAGUAUGAGGGACAGUCCAUGAAGUAUACACUUUAUGAUUAAUGGUGAUUAAUGAUUUUCACCUACCUAAGCAAAAGUACAAGUACUCCAGAUAGAAAUUACUUAAUUAUAAGUAUAAUAUACAUUAUUUACUCAAGUAAAAGUACACACUAGGGCUAUAAGAUAAUUUAUAUUAACAGCAGCGCAAGAGAUUUACUGCCCAAUUAAAGACAUAAAAAGUUACAUUAAAAUGUUAGAGCAAUGAACCUCUUCUAAAAUGUAGGGAAUAAAUACUACAGAUUUUUUUUUUUAAUGAAGGAAAUAGAAAUAACAAAUACUGUGACAGAAGUACUCAAGUACAGUACAGAUAAGAAGGCUGCCUGUUAUGAGACAGUUAUGAAAUCUUCUGUGCUGAUUUAGUUUUAUCCAGCCAACCUACAACCCAUAUGAGCUAAGGUGCAGUCUGUAAGUGUAAACUAUAUGAAAUGUGUUUGUAAUAAGAAGGCAGAUUGUGUGAAACUAGAGGUAUAGGCACACAAUACUGGAAACGUAGUAUUUCUAAGUGCUAUGGAAGCUAAGUGAAUACAAACUGAUUUUUAAUUUGACUUGAGCAUUGUAUAUCAGUGCAUACAGGACAUUUUGGUCUAUUGUGAUAUUUUUUGUAAUUUUCUAUCCCUUGCUUUAUCCAGCAGCUGUGUAUAGCUCAUCCAGUAACAGUUGUUUAAGUUUAUUUUUAUAUAAAAAAAAAACAUUUUAUGUUUUAGCUUUAACAAAUGGAGCUAAAAGCAUAUGUACACCUUGUAUUCGGUAUGGCUAAAUGAAAAAAGUCUUAAUCAGAAGUUAAUCCUCAAAGUUCAAUCAAAACACGAGAGCCAAUAAAGUCUAACAAAUGCUUUAA